AUACGAUUCGACGCCUACGGUUUGCCAACAGUUUCUUAUAAAGGUCCUCUCGAAUCAACUGCUCGUCAUUCUGAGUUGGAGCCUUUACCGCUACGUGACUACGCACAGGCGUACCAUUCUGGCCAGUCAUGGGACAUUGUUAAAGACAAGAAGAUCCCUGUCAUUCCAUCUGCUCCUAAGGAGCAUGGUGAAAAGAAGGAUGAGGUCAGUCGCGGGGGUAAAGAAAAAGUGGUUCCUCAUAUGAAAACAACUCCGGCUAAGGAGCAGUCACCAACGAGAAGCGAAGAAGAGACGAAAAAGAUUAAAUUGAUAGCUCGCGUCCCUCAUAAAACAUCGGAAGAUGAGUUUGAUUCAGACAGAUCAAGCAAAGACCGUUCACCUAGUCUACUUGGUUUUUGGAAAGCUGGAAAACGGAAGCAACAAGAAGCGCCAGUUGAAGAGCCCCAUCUGACUGCCGAAAAGUACGCGGGUCCGGUAGAUAGUAUCAAUCUCGAGAAAGACAUCGAUAAGCUUCCAUUUAAGGCGCCUCCCCCUGUUCCAUACAAGCCAAAAUCACAGAAAGGCGAGCAACAAGAGGUCUAUAAGCCAUCUACCCAUGCAGCAGAAACAACCCACAAACCUGCUCAUAUCUUUGGCAGAUGGCGCCAUGAAGGUGAUGAGGAAACGGUUGAAAAAGAUAAAGUACGAAUUGACACCUAUGGUUUACCAUCAGGCUCCUAUGAGGGCCCUCUGGAGUCCACUGCUCGGCAUUCCGACUUACAACCGACCCCAUUGCGAGACCAUGCUCGGGUUUACCACCAUGGACAGUCAUGGAAUGCCGUCAAAGAUACAAAGUCUCCCAUCCUUCACGUGAAACAAACUCCAAGCAAGAAUAAAGCGCUAGAAAGUGAAGAGGAGGAGCACAAAAUUCGUUUGAUAGCACGAGUUCUGCCUAGGGUAGAAGAAGAUUCUAAUGUUGAAACGAAGAGAAAGGAACCAGGAUUGAAAUUUUCGAAAGAAGAGGGAACUGUACAGCAAAAAGCACCUAUCGUGAAAUCAACCACCGUGCGUGAAACUACCCCUCAGCGUUCAAAUCUCUCCGGUAGAUGGCGUCAUGAAGGGGAAGAGGAAACGAUUGCAAAAGACCGAGUGCGACCGGAGACUUACGGUGGAUCAUCGACGUCUUAUGAGGGGCCUCUCGAAUCAACUACGCGAAGUUCUGAAUUAGAGCCGACACCAUUGCGAGAUUAUUCACAGGCUUACCAUAGCGGUCAGUCCUGGAAUGGUAGUGAAGAUAUGAGAACCGCUAUAGUUGGAUCUGCUGCGAGGGAGAUAGGUGAGGAGAAGAGCGAGAGUAAAACCAGUGAAAAGAAAGCUAUCCUCCAUCUCAAAAAGCCUGCAGUAGGAGAGAAGUCUCCAUCUUCAGGUAGCGAAGAAGAAACUAGAAGGAUCAAAUUAAUAGCACGUGUUCCACCUAAGUCUGAAGAUGAGACUAAACCAGAUAUCGUGAAAAAAGAUAAGGAUUCAUCUGGGUUAUUUGGUUUUUGGAAAGCAAAAAGUAAGCAGGCAGCAACGUCAUCUGAUAAGUAUCAUCCAGCUGCUGUACAAUAUACAGGCCCUCUGGAUGAUAUUAAACGGGAAAAAGAUAUCGAUAAAGUUCCGUUCAUAGCACCAACUCCUGUUGCUUACAAGUCAUCCACCCUUGAAUCAGAAACAACUCGACGCGCUCAUCUGUUUGGCAGAUGGCGCCAUGAGGGCGAAGAGGAAACAAUUGAUAAGAGCAAAGUGAAGUCUGAAAGUUAUGGACUGCCAUCUACCUCAUAUGAAGGUCCUCUUGAACCCACUGCUCCACAAGCUGAGUUGGAGCUGACUCCACUGAAGGACUAUGCUCGCGCGUAUCACUUUGGUCAGUCAUGGAAUGACGCUAAAUAUCCAAAAGGCCCAAUCACUGGUAGAGAAGGCGUAACAGAGAAAAAACCAGCAAAAGAAGAAUCUUCUUCUCCAGCAAGCGAAGAUGACGAGCGAAAGAUCAAGUUAAUUGCGCAUGUUCAACGCCAUAGUACGGAAGAGAAUGAUGCGGGUGAGAGGAAGCCGAAGAAAGAGCAAGAUUCAACCGGCUUGUUCGGUUUUUGGAAAGCAAAAAGUAGGCAAGAUAAAACUAUCACUGAUGAGUAUCAUCCUUCUGCUGAGAAAUAUAAGGGUCCCCUGGAUAGCAUUAAUCGAGAAAAAGACAUUGACCAGCGGCCAUUCAAGGCUCCAUCCCCUCCUGCGUAUAAACCAAAAUCACCAAAAGGUGAGGAGAAAGGACAGCAUGCCUAUAAGUCAACUGCCCAUGCCCCAACUGCGUCGGAAACAACCAAACCUCACAUCUUUGGUCACUGGCGUCACGAAGGUGAGGAAGAGACGAUUGAAAAAGACAAAGUACGAUCCGACACCUAUCGUCUGCCAUCAGGUCCCUAUAAAGGCCCGCUUGAGUCGAUUGCUCGUCAA